GAUCCCGACCACGACGAACACAAUAGCAAGAAAGCCCAAGAAAGCAUAGAACAAAGAACAACGCCAGCCAUGUCCUCAGACUACGAAUAUUCAGACGAUGAUAUCGAUUACUCUGAUGAGGACGACGAAAUGAUGGAUACUCAGGAGGAUGGUUCAGCGUCCUCAGACGACGAUAUGGACAUGGACGCCUUUAACGAAGAUUUUAAGGUUCCAUCCAAAGCAAUGCGCAAGACAUACGAGAUAGAGUAUGACACCCUUACCCAGACUGCCGUCGAGAAAGCCAUGGCAGCAGACAUUGAGCACAUUAGUGGUAUCUUUGGCGUUGAUGCCAGCGUUGCAUCCCUGCUCUUGAGAUACCUGAGCUGGAACAAGGAACGCCUCAUUGAGAAGUACAUGGAUAAUGCUUCUGCAGUCUCAAUCUCGGCCGGCAUAAGUCCGCCAUCCAGAUCUUCUGUAUCUUCAUCCGCGGCGCCUAUUCGCUCUCACUCCUCGUCUACCGGCGGCCGUUCAUCAGGCGGGCUGCGUCGUCCCACCCGCCAAACUCCAGGUAAAUCAAGAUCACCAACCCCAGCGUCUGUGUACCCUGACGCUCCUUCUGCAGCUCCAAAACCAGAACCAUUUGUGUGUCCCAUAUGCUUCGAUGACUCUCAAACGAGCUUUUUGUCGUUGUCAUGUGACCAUCAAUUCUGUGCAGGUUGCUGGGGCGCUUACCUUACGAGUAAGAUACGCGAGGAGGGAGAACACUCGAUUCGUUGUAUGGCUGAGGGAUGUGCGAUUGUGGCUCCUGACCCAUUUGUACGCUCUGCUCUUGCGGACGAUAUUCCUACCUGGGAACGUUUCCAAGAGCUUGUUGUUCGUCACUUUGUAGCGUCCAACCCGAGCCUCAAGUACUGCCCAUACCCGUCGUGCACCCAUACUGUCUCAUGCCCGGUGGCUGCGCACAAGUCAGCUUUAACUACGAUUGUCCCUAUUGUAUCGUGUGGCGCAUCGGGCACUCAUAAAUUCUGUUUUGGCUGUCCAAUUGAAGCAGACCACAGGCCCGUCAUUUGCUCGGUAGCGAAGAUGUGGUUGAAAAAGUGCCGAGAUGACAGCGAGACGGCCAAUUGGAUCAAGAGUAAUACCAAGGAAUGUAGUCAAUGCCAAAGCACUAUCGAGAAGAAUGGCGGUUGCAACCACAUGACGUGUAAGAAAUGCAAGCAUGAGUUUUGCUGGGUUUGCAUGGGUCCUUGGUCGGAGCAUGGCACUGCCUGGUACUCAUGCAACAGGUAUGAUGAAAAGACAGGAGUUGAUGCCAGAGACGCGCAAUCGAAGAGUCGUGCCUCUCUUGAGCGUUAUCUUCACUAUUAUAACCGCUGGGCUAACCAUGAGCAGUCUGCCAAGUUAUCUAUAGAACUGUACUCCAAGACGGAGAAAAAGAUGGAAGAGAUGCAGGUCACGUCGGAUUUGACCUGGAUCGAAGUGCAAUUCAUGAAGAAGGCUGUCGAUGAAGUAGAGAAGUGUCGUACGACACUGAAGUGGACAUAUGCAAUGGCAUACUACUUGGAGAAAGGUAAUGAGAAGGAAUUGUUUGAAGAUAAUCAACGUGAUCUCGAGAGGGCUGUAGAAGACCUUUCUGAACUUUUAGAAUCUCAAAUAGACACAGAAAUUAUUUCCACGCUUCGCCAGAAGGUCACCGACAAGACUGUAUAUGUGCAGAAACGUAAUGAGAUCAUGUUAGAAGACACUGCGAAAGGGUUUUUGGAUGGUAGGUGGAGCUGGAACGUUUCGGUUGAGGGAUUUGACUAGAUCUCGAUAAUCCCUUCCCUAAAAUUUCCCUCCAAGUUCCCUUCCUUCCUCUCCACCAUCAUCACGAUUUCAUUUUCAUUCCUAAUCCUGGUCCCCUGCUUCUACCUAGUAGCCUCAAGUCAUCUGUAAUUUUCCUCAUUUUACGACUGUGUGUAUUCUGGACGUUCUGUGUUUCGAUAAAUUAACAAAUAAACCUUCUUGUGUUUUUACUUUGCUUACAAAA